UUCUUCAACUUUCGUAAGAUCUUCAAGCUGGGUGGUGAGAAGAAGAAGAAACAAUACGAGCACGUCAAGAGGGAUUUGAACCCUGAAGAGUUCUGGGAAAUUAUAGGAGAGCUGGGAGAUGGUGCUUUCGGUAAAGUGUUCAAGGCUCAGAACAAAGAAACGAAAGUACUGGCUGCUGCAAAAGUGAUUGAUACUAAAUCAGAAGAAGAACUUGAAGAUUACAUGGUUGAGAUCGAUAUUUUAGCAUCCUGUGAUCAUCCUAAUAUUGUUAAGCUCCUAGAUGCUUUCUACUAUGAAAACAAUCUGUGGAUCCUGAUCGAAUUUUGUGCAGGUGGAGCAGUAGAUGCAGUAAUGUUGGAGCUUGAAAGGCCAUUGACAGAGCCGCAGAUCAAAGUGGUGUGCAGGCAGACACUGGAAGCAUUGAACUACUUGCAUGAAAAUAAGAUCAUCCACAGAGAUCUAAAAGCUGGCAAUAUUCUUUUCACAUUAGAUGGAGAUAUUAAACUAGCGGAUUUUGGAGUAUCAGCUAAAAACACAAGAACAAUACAAAGAAGAGAUUCUUUUAUUGGUACACCAUAUUGGAUGGCUCCAGAAGUAGUAAUGUGCGAGACCUCUAAAGACAGGCCUUAUGAUUACAAGGCUGAUAUUUGGUCUCUUGGCAUUACUUUAAUAGAAAUGGCUCAAAUAGAGCCACCUCAUCAUGAAUUAAAUCCAAUGCGGGUGCUUCUGAAAAUAGCAAAAUCUGAUCCGCCUACAUUAGCACAGCCUUCAAAAUGGUCAUCAGAUUUUAAAGAUUUUCUGAAGAAAUGUUUGGAAAAGAAUGUAGAUGCGAGGUGGAGUGCAACUCAACUUCUACAGCAUCCAUUUGUUACUGCUACUUCCAAUAAACCAAUAAGAGAAUUGAUUGCAGAAGCUAAGGCUGAAGUUACAGAAGAAGUUGAAGAUGGUAAAGAUGAGGAUGAAGAAGAAGAAACAGAAAAUUCUCUGCAGUUACCUGCAGACAAGCGUGCAUCUUCUGAUCUUAGUAUCGCCAGCUCUGAAGAGGAUAAACUUUCACAGAAUGCCUCUGUUCUGGAAUCUCUUUCUGAAAAAACAGAAAGUAAUGCAAUUGAGGACAAAGCCAGCACUGUAUUUCCAGAUGACAAAACAAAUGGAGAUGAAUCUGAGGACAUUAAAUUUAGGAAAACAGCUGAUAACCUAUGCGAUACUACUGUUGGUGAUAUGAAAGUGCAGAAUGGUUCUGUGCCAACUGGUGAAGAUGAGCAAGGCAAAAUAGUGCCAGCUGAAAAGAAUACAGAAAGCCUGGAAAAACCACAAGAAGGUACAGAACCCCAGAAAGGAGUGAAAGAACUUGACGUGGUAACAAAAUCAGAAAUAAAGGAUGAACCCAACCUAAAAAUAGAGAAAGAAAAUGACAUGGGAAAUGAACAGAUGGAAGAUAAUAAACUGAAAAUAGUACCUACAACUGAAAAUAGUGUAGAAACUGAAGAAGCCAUUUCUAAGGAAACUGGUGAAAAAGAAGAGGAGAACAGAGCGCAUCUCUCAGAAAGUAAGGAAGAAAAGGUCCCUGCAGAAGAUACUACAGAGCAAAAGAAAGAUAAAGAUGAAGGUCAGAAAGAGGCGAUAAUAGCCACCACCACAGAAACUCUACCUAAUGCUGCAGAUCAAGUGGCUGAUGAAGAAAAGGAACUAAUAGAGCAUGGAAUUGACAACAUUAAGGAGAUAGGUGGUAUUGCUGAAAUACAGAUCAGUGAUGGGGAUAAAAUACCUGAGAUGGAGGAUAAGCCAGUGCAAAGUCAGGCUAAGCAGGUCCAUGAGAUAAUCAGCUCUGAAGAAACUCUAUCGGAAAGCCAAGAUAAAGCGAUCAAAGUAGACAAGAAACUGGCAGAAAGUGAAAAUGAGGAUAUUUGUAAUAUAAGCAGCAUGGAGGAAACAGAGAUCAAAGACCCUAGAAAAGACCACGUAGACCAGAAGGCAAUACAGAGCAAGCCUGAGGAUAUUUCUAAUAAAGUGGUGGAUAAACUGAGUGAUACGGACCAAAAUUCAGAAAAGCGCAGAGCAGAGAAUAUCCAGGAAAACAAUAUUCAGAUAGACAAAGAACAUUCGGAAGUUACUUCUGAUGAAAUAAUGAAGAAUAAGCUUCAAGAUAUUGUCAGUGAACAAGCUGAUGAGACUGAAGUCGCUCCGGUCCCCAGGAUUAGUAUUAGCACUGAAGAAAAUGAAGAGAAAGUCAAAACAGAUAAUCAAGACAAUACUGAAACUUUACAGCAGCUAGAAUCGGAGAAUUUGAAGGAAAAUGAUGCAGAUUCAGGCACUGGUUCUACAGCUGAUAACAGCAGCAUUGAUUUGAACUUGUCAAUUUCUAGUUUCCUUAGUAAAAGCAAAGAGACAGGAUCAAUAUCUUUACAGGAAACUAGAAGACAGAAGAAAACUUUAAAGAAAACUCGGAAGUUUGUUGUUGAUGGAGUAGAAGUGAGUGUAACCACAUCAAAAAUAGUUACUGAAAAUGACUCGAAAAGUGAAGAAAUGCGAUUUCUACGACGUCAAGAGUUAAGAGAGCUAAGACUUCUUCAGAAAGAGGAGCAGAGGGCCCAACAGCAACUCAGUAAUAAGCUUUUGCAACAGCGAGAACAGAUGUACAGACGUUUUGAACAGGAAAUGACAAGUAAAAAGCGACAGUAUGAUCAAGAAAUAGAAAAUCUAGAAAAACAGCAGAAACAGACAAUAGAGCGCUUGGAACAGGAACACACAAAUCGUUUACGAGAUGAAGCAAAACGCAUCAAAGCAGAACAGGAGAAGGAAUUGUCCAAAUUCCAGAACAUGCUGAAGAACAAAAAAAAGGAGGAGCAGGAAUUUGUGCAGAAGCAGCAACAAGAGCUGGAUGCAUCUCUGAAGAAAAUUAUUCAGCAGCAGAAGACAGAACUAGCCACUAUUGAACGAGACUGCCUCAACAAAAAACAGCAGCUCAUGAGAGCUCGCGAAGCUGCAAUCUGGGAGCUGGAAGAGCGACACUUACAAGAGAAACACCAGCUCCUCAAACAGCAACUCAAAGAUCAGUACUUCAUGCAGAGACACCAGCUGCUUAAGAGGCAUGAAAAAGAAACAGAACAAAUGCAGAGAUACAAUCAGCGCCUUAUCGAGGAGCUAAAGAACAAGCAAACUCAGGAAAGAGCGAGACUGCCUAAAAUCCAGCGAAGUGAAGCAAAGACUCGAAUGGCUAUGUUUAAGAAAAGUUUAAGAAUCAAUUCAUUAGCCUCUCCAGACCAAGAUCGUGAAAAAAUUAAGCAGUUUGCUGUUCAAGAAGAAAAGAGGCAGAAGAAUGAGAGACUGGCUCAGCAUCAGAAACACGAAAACCAAAUGCGGGACCUUCAGUUGCAGUGUGAAGCAAACAUCAGAGAACUGCAUCAGUUACAGAAUGAAAAAUGCCAUCUACUGGUUGAGCAUGAGACUCAGAAGCUAAAAGAGCUAGAUGAAGAGCACAGCCAAGAACUGAAGGAAUGGAGGGAGAAAUUGAGACCAAGAAAAAAGACGCUGGAAGAAGAAUUUGCCAGAAAACUGCAGGAGCAGGAAGUUUUCUUUAAAAUGACUGGAGAAUCCGAAUGCCUUAACCCUUCAACACAAAGCCGGAUUUCCAAAUUCUAUCCAAUCCCCAGCCUUCACUCCACUGGGUCGUAACUCUGGGAACUGCUGUCGGUUUUUUCGUAUUUGGAAUUCUCCCUCCUCAUCGUCUAACCUGACUUAAUCUGCGGUGUACAUCAGAGGACCUAGCGCUCUUUCUUUUCAGUGGAGACAAUCAGUGUCAUGAUCAGUUUCUUUACUUCUCGGAUGGAAGAAAAGAAAAAAGGUGUUGGUGUAUAAUGGUAAUGUUAUGUCCUUCGGAUGUUUCAAGAAUAAGUGGGGGUUUUUAUCUCAGUCUCAAAAAGUAUGUUAUCUAUGGUUUUGACUUUAAGCCUAAAAUAUUAAUUGUACUCUUUCUGAUCACAAAAAAAUGGUUUCUCAUGUGAACAUUUAAACGGUGUAAUAUUAGUUCUGCUUCUGUGUUUUUAAGUGUCUGAUUUCUCCGCGAGAGAAUUCCGCAACUGAAACUGCCGUGAGAGGUUUAAAAUGUUACAAUGUUGAGCAGUGUCUUCAUAGCAAGGACUGAAACGAAUUACUCAGAACACGCCAAUAAUCAGGAAAAUAAACCCUUAUGUUUAAACACGAUUGGUAAAAGCAAAAGCCUUUGCAACUUCUUUAAAAAGAAACCUCUGGCAUAAAUUAAACUGAGCUGAUCUCCAUGACGUACUUUGUCCAUUAGUUCCGUAAUGAAAUGGGGUGCUAGUUUAAUUAAUACAGUGCCUGAAACACUUAGAUACGCUAAUCCUGGCAACAGGAUAGUGUUUUGUCAUUUAAAAAAACAAAACUCCUUAGCAUUGUUGUUACUGUACAAAACAGAAGAUUUCUUGCUGCUACUGCCAUUUUUGUUGUAAACCCUCACCCUAAAAUAUUUUGCACUAAAAUAUGUAAAGGUGAAAGAAAUGCUAACUUUAAAAUGCACAGUUUGUUAUUUUCCUUAGCUAUUACAGGUGGUUAGUUCUACAAACUGAAAAACUGUAGAAUGUAUUUUUUUAGAAAGCGGUGUGCAAAGUGCACGUGGUUUCUCUAACUGUACCUGGAAUGGGUAGAGCCAUUUUUCUGUUCUUACCAAAGCCUGUUCAUUUAAACUCCAUCAGAAGAGUGGAGGCGGAUGGUCGUAUUUAUAAAUAACCGUGGCUGAAGUCUGAUUUGAGUAGAAGUGUUAGAUUUGAUUUUUUUUUUUAUUUUAGCCAUUUUAUUUUAUAGAAAGAUUUAAGUUAAAUAUAUAGACAAACCACUUUAUGAAGCUGGGUUUUUGCUUUUGUGUUGCCACGUACUAACAUAGGCAGUUUUUAUUUUUCAAGUUCGUAGAUGUACGAUAAGUUAUUUACCUGACUGAUCUGCAGUGGAAGAAAUCCGAAAUGUUCCUCAUAUAGCUGGUAGGGAAAUGCAACUGUAUUAGCUCACUUUUACUGCACUCUUCUUGGUGGUUAGAGUUGGAGUCGUAUCAAGACGGUAUCAUAAGCUGUACUUCGGUAUGCUGGAGUUCAAUCUGUAAAAUAGUAUUUGCUUUCUGUCGUUUGAGGCCUGGCUUUCUAGUCUCUUUGGGUAUCAACUGUAAACGUUUUGUUUUGCUAGCUUGCGUUAGAUGUGUGGCUGGUGAACAUUACAUGAUGUUCAUUUCACGGGAACAGUGUUGAUGCAUGUGAAUGAACUCAUAAAUUAACGUAGGACUUUAGUCGGAUGUGGCUGAAAUCUUGGAUGCUGAAAUCCUUGGAUGUUGAACCUUCUCAAUGAAGACACUUAAAAUUUACAGCACAGUAAAAAAAAUUGGACAAAUGCAUGUUUUAAUUUAAAUUUUGUAACUUUUUGAUAGCAUAAUUACUUUAAUAGCUAGCCUUAAUUUCUGGCAUUUUAUUAUAUAAAUGUGUAUUGUGUACUGUUGUAAAUUCACAUACCAUAUCUCUAGAACGUUACCUGUCGCUAAAUGCAAAGUUCUUUAAAUUGUUUAUUUAGUAGGGUGAAAAAUGUCUUUGAAGGCCUUUUUAAGCUCCUCCAUCAUAAAUUGGCUGUCACUAACCUAACAUGAAAUAUUCUUCUUCUCUGUAUUUAACAGAAUUUGUUUGCAAUUUCGUACGAAGUAGGCUCAGUGCUUUACUCGGGGAGUAGACAGGGCAGGCAGAUUUCCCCUUCUGGAUUAUCUCUACCUUCAUCCACAUUAAAUCCUCGGAGGGAAAUGUUCAUCUUCUCCUCACGUUUUUGGCAGUUUCAGUGAUAACUUGCUAACAUAUGUUGGCGUACUGUUUAUCUCUGUCUGAAUCUUUUAAAUCUUUUAUUUGAAGAUCCUUUUCACACAAGCCCCUGCAACCUGAUCUCGUUGUAGAUUGUACAAACCAGUAACGGAGUUCUGUGAUGGAGGGAGGGAUCGAAUGUAGCGAUGGAAGCCUCAGCGGGUGUUUGGUCAGGUCUCCAGGUCCGGAGCACUGUUAAGCAGUUGCAGCCUUGUGAACUGCGCUGAGAAUUGAUAUCAAGCGUGAAAAUAUGUUUUUCUGGGGGAUAACAGGAACUAGCAUGGGUGCUAACACAUUUAGACUGAUAAAAUUGGUUUUAAGUAUUGCAGAACAUGAAAGAGGUGUACAACGUUAUGUCAAUGUCAGAAAAUUCAGUUCAAAUGAAUUUAGUCUCAUGUAGGCCUGGAAGAGAUCUCCUGAGGUACAAAAUCCAAUCUCUCUACUGUCACAUGUCGCAUCCCUGUGAUAGAAGUUAGAAGCUCCAUCUCCAAGGUAGUUAGGUGUAUUUUAGCCAAAACAACGUACUUUGUUACUGAGUGUUUGGCAGAUCUCAUUUUCCCCACAGGCCCUUCAAAAGACGACCACAAGCCAGUACGUGCUCACCUUUGUGUUUUACUGCAUCAUAAAUACUGUCCACAGGAAAAUGGACAAAGGCGAUAAAAUGCAUGAAUUGCAGUGCGAUGUAUUGGUUGUCCUCUCCUAUUGACAACCGAUUCUCACAAAACCCCCUGCCUGCAGGCCCACGGCCUCUGACAGAUCCCAGUCCUCACAACUCGUUCUUCCUGAGCUCUGAAAGCAGAUUUGGGCACCUGCCCGGUCAGCUUUCUUGGGAUAGGGCCUUGUAAGUACGGGAGCCGGUGGCUCCGCUCGCAUCCUAACAGUUACUAGAACUCGGCUGUUUGCAGGAUCUUGUAGUCCUCCGCUAACGCAACACUGCCGGUAGCCCGGGGAGAUCUUUGGCUAACCGAACCUGAGGUGGUCUCGCUGCCUCUGUUCUCAUAGUGAGAUUCUGUAUCGUGAAUAAAUUCUGCGUCUCACCCAAACGGGGCUGUCUGAGGAGGGUUUACCAGCUGUGGAGGAAGCGGGCUGUGCCUCAGCCCUUGGCCUCCUGAAGUCCCAGGGGAGCUUUGCUGGUUACUUGGUUGAAGGGGAAGUACUCCAGCAUGUUUCUUCCUUUCUGAUUCCCGUAAAACAAAUUUGUUUCUUUUUCCAAGCCCUCCGCUAAAUACAUGAGAAGCAUGUAGGCAUGGAAACAUACGAUAGUGAGGUUGUUAUGAUUGAUUAGAUAGAUGCUCGUUUAUUAAAGGUUUUUCUUUAGAAGGUGUUAGCUGAAUUGACACCUGAGUUCCAAUUCAGAGGUGACAGUACCGUGCUGUCCUGACCAGUGGCAUUCACUCAAACUGAUUUUUCACAUCACUUAAAAUCCUGAUAUUCAUUCUCAGCUGCAUCCUUUUUUUCAGACAACGUUUUAAGCUAAUAUCCUUUUAAAAUUACAUUCAUGGGUAUUCAAUAUCUAAUCAAUCACAUGGUUUAAAAAAAUUAUUAUUCUGUCCUAGAGGACUUUAUUAUAACUACAUGCUACUGAUUUCUUUUUUCUUAAUAAAUAGGAAACUUAUAGCACCUUAACUAAGACAGAGCCAAGCAAAGCAGUCAUGUAAUUACUUUCAUCACACCGCACUGUCUUUUCUGACAGCAAUAUCACAUAGGAAGUUUAAGUUGAUUCUCCACCUGAAGCAGUAUCUGUCUUGUGAGACAUGGUAGGUGAAAGAUAUAAAUAAAUUCAGGCACGUAAAUCCACUUUUAGGUAGCCUGAUUUUCAGAGCUGCUGUGUAGCUGCAGCUCCUAGGACCUCCGAAAUGCUCAUCUUUGAAAGCCAGGGAACAGACUUAAAUGUGCAAUUGAGCUCAGUGCUAGUUGCUUCCGCUGAACUACUGCUUUUUGGUUAAUCUGCCAUGGGGGAGUGGGGCCAGUUCUUGAGGACAGUGACUGUACGGUCAUUAGAGGAGAGGGCAGGGAGCAGUAUUGAGGAUGGU